GUGAUCAAAACCUCCCAAAGAAGACUCCGGCUUAUUUCAUCCGCUUCAUAUAUAUCACGAAGCCUUCGCUGCUCCCGCUUCAUUCUCCCAUCCGUCGUUCGGGAGGGAACUGGAUGGCGCAACUCCAAACCCUACGAUCCUGUUUCCGCGCUUUCGCCUUCAAUUCGGGUGAGCUAUGGCCGGAAAGCACUGCCGGAGGUUGGGCGACGGCGAUCGUCACGCUUCUGCUCAUCUCCUGGCAGCUCCUCCGACUCCUAUCUUCCCGGAGGAUCCCGAGGGCCUCCACCGCUCGGGCUUCGUUGGAAGACUCGACGUUGACGGAGAGUUCGGAAGGAGGUUCUCCGUCGGGGGUAUCUCAGAUCAUAUCUGAUGAUGAUUUGAGAGACUUGAUUAUUAGCUUGGACGAGAAUCUCGAACGGGACGAUAGAUGGGAACAUGUGAUUGAAAAAAACAAUGAUCUUGUGUCUUACAAAGCCAUCUGCUACAGGCCAAAAGAAGGACCAUUGAAAUAUCAUAGUGUUACAACAUUUGCGAACUGUACCACGGAACUUCUUAGAGAUUUCUAUAUGGAUAAUGAAUACAGAAAAGUGUGGGACAAGAUUCUAAUCCAGCAUAAGCAGCUACAGGUCGAUGAAAAUAGUGGGAUGGAGAUCGGGUGUUCAGUAAAGAAAUUCCCUCUCCUUACACCAAGAGAAUAUGUAUUAGCUUGGCGAAUCUGGGAAGGAAAAGACAAAACCUUCUAUUGUCUUAUUAAGGAUUGUGAGCAUCCUCUAGCUCCACAUCAAAAGAAAUAUGUACGGGUUCAUUUUUACAAAUCGGGUUGGUGUAUAAGAAAAGUUCCUGGUAGGGAUGCCUGUGAGAUAACAGUGGUGCAUCAAGAAGAUUCUGGCCUCAAUGCUGAGAUGGCAAAACUAACGUUUGCCAAAGGAAUAUGGAGCUUUGUGUGUAAGACAAACAGUGCAUUGCGUGAAUACCCCUCUCAUCCCAGUCGUGCAGUAUUUGUCCCUGCUCUUCUUCGACUUAUUAAAAAGGUGCCAUCAGAUUUCGAGGCUGACAUCCAGACUAGUACCCAUGAAAUUACAGAGAACUCAGGCAAUGACCAUGGAAGACAAAGCAAGGUGGAUGUUCCUGAUAAGAAACCGAUAAGUGCGACAACAAAGUGGAUAGCAAAUGGGCUUCUGAUUGUUGGCGGCAUUCUUUUCCUUUCGCGAGGUCGCACUACUAUUGCCACUCAGCUAGCCGCCGUGUGCAUGCUGAAUAAGUUUAUGCAUCGUGGGGAGUUGGACCAGGUUGAUCAUAACAGGUUCAGACCAUAUAAGCGGAAAGUCAGACAUAUUGGUUAAGUUUCACUGAUCGUUGAUGAAGCUUCUGGGGCCUGACCAGCCUUGCCAGUCUCAGAUUGCUACUGCAUUAACAUUCAUGUGUUCUUUCUUAUCAUCAUCAUCAAUAUAUAUAUAUAUAUAUACAAUUUUGGCAAUAAUGUACAGAGAAAGAAAGCAGUUUAUUUAUUUCCUAAGUCUUCAGUCAGCAGUUGCGUUACGAUGUACAGAGAAAGAAAGCAGCUUAUUUAUUUUCCA